AUGGCCUCCAAACUUUCCGAAUACGGCUUCGAGUUCCAUAACUGGGCCGGCGGCCAAGAGGGGGCUGACAUGUUUGGUUUGAGCCAUGCUAUGAUCGUACCGAAGGAUGUCCGCAGGGUAAUCCUUAGCGGUCAAGUUGGUAUCAAGGACGACGGGACAGUACCCGCAGAUCUCGGCGAAGAGAUUAGAGAGGCUUUUGAGCAUGUCUUGCUGUCUCUUAAAGCUGCAGGUUUGGGGGACGAUGCAUUUGAACACGUUUACUCGGUACAAACAUACGAAGUAAGCAAAGAUGGGAAAGGAAUUGCCCAAGUUUUGGUGCCCAUCGCUAGGGAAUCCUUCAAGAACACCAAACCUGCCUGGACUGGAGUUGAAGUGAGCGCCUUGUUUCUGCCCAGCUUACAUUUGGAGAUUCAUGUUGAGGCCUACUUGCCAAAUUGA